UGUGAUUAGACCACUGGGUAAAAAUAAAGGGUGCGAGACGGCUGGUUUGAACGAUUCCCCCUGCAUUUUUUGGGAAAUGUAUCCUUCGUAUUUUUUUUAAACAUUACAUGAUUACUUGUAUUGAGCUAGUUAUAAUAGUUAACAUACUAUUGUGUCAAUUGUAUUUGAGCGGCUUCCGAUGUAUGAAUAUUUUCCGUUUUAGAACCUUGAUAUAAAGUAGUACCGUACUUGAUUCCACGUGAAGUAACUUGGGCUGUCAAGUAUGACGCAACAUCCGGGUACUGUAAAGCAGUGUUUACGUUUUCUGAGCUUUUUCAUCUUUAGGUCACAGGGGCCAUUCUAGGUUGAGAUGUUUAGGGGUGCUGAUACCCCCCCCCCCCGCCCCCCAUCUCCAGGAAAGAUACAUUUCACUUUUCUGUACAUUGUAAAGCAAUUUCGUUCCAAUAACAACAACAACAAAAAAAGUCAACAUAACACCUUUUGGGAAAGUCUGUUGACCCACAGUAAAAGAGGAACGGAUUGAAAUAUAUAUAUAUAUUGUAACCCCGAAUUUCUGGGGGAAAGACAAUGUGUUUUGAUACAGUAGCACCUCUACAUGCAUAGUAACAGUAUCAGUAUGCAUCUUUUGGGAGAUGGGGGUAAACCAGCCCCCUAGUGAGGACCCAAAAUGAACCUUGGACUCUUUUUUUUUAACUUUUGAAAUGCAUGUAAACUGCAUGAAGUUUUGUGAAUACUUUGAAUCCUAAUAUCUGAACUGGUCUCUUUGCUCCUCUCUCUCUCUCCUAAAAGGAGUAACAAUGUUAAUAGGCUUCUUGUCAGUAAGCUAUUCAAUAGCACCUCAUCUUUAAUAUUAACACAUACACAUGACACAAUAGCGAGCUUUUCUCAUUUGAAUUCAAACAACAGAGGUGUUGUCUCUGACCACCUAUAUCGUUUCCCGACUAAAAAAAACAUCAACUCACUAACUUCUAUCUAACAACACAAAGCGUGACCUACGAUUAAAUGCAGGAAAAUGAGGAUUUGCAAUGAUAAUAGUGUGUUGGUAUUGUGUGGUUGGCGUUAAGAAAUGUGCCAGUCGGGCAGAGGUGGGAGGGUUUGGUCUAGAAAUGCCAAUGGGUAAGGAGAUAGUUGUGGCGUGCCGGCCUUUCCUUGUGUAGGCUCAUCUCUUGAAGAAUGCCCAGCGAAGUCAAGCCUCGGAUUGUUGUUCUCUAUGGGUCUCAAAAAGGUCAAGCACAGUCCAUAGCAGAGGGGAUAGCUGAAGAGGCAGAGGAGCAUGGUCUACUUGCAGAGCUCAGCUGCUUAAAUCAGAAAGAUAAGUACAAUUUGGAGAAGGAGAAGUCCCCAGUGGUCUUUAUUGUGUCUACUACUGGAGAUGGGGAGCCACCAGACAAUGCCCUGCAAUUUGUCAAGCACAUCAAGAAGAAGACCCUCUCCUCUGUUCACUAUAAACACCUUCACUAUGCACUUUUAGCUUUAGGAGACACCAAUUAUGAAAACUUUUGCAAAUGUGGCAAAACAAUUGAGCGGCGUCUACAGGAACUCGGAGCCCAAAAAUUCUAUGCAACAGGGUAUGCAGAUGAUGGUGUAGGGUUGGAGGUGGUUGUGGACCCUUGGCUUGAAGGUCUGUGGAAAGCUGUCAAAGCAGCGUUAACAAAUAUGAUUUCUAAUUCGAGUAUUAAAGAGGAUUCUGAGAAGACAAUUCCAGAUUCAUUGAUACCAGACGUCCAACUCAACCUGCUAAGCCUCACUGACGACCAGUCCCCUGAUUUUGAUCCCAAAUGUGCUUCUGCCACACAGGCGGCAUCACCGUCUGGUGGUGUUGUCAGUUUAACCACACGGCCACAAGAGACAGAAAACAUAAAUCUUGGAAUGUCCAAUGCACCGUCACUAUCACACUCUGUGUCUCCGCUGUCAGAUGCAUCUCUUAAUGUUCCUGCUCUACCUCCACCUUUCCUAGAAGUGUCUCUUCAGGAAGUAGACACUGUGGAUGAGAUUUGUGGACCGUUAAACUGUGAAACUCUCAAUGAGGUUCCCAUAUCACGUGCAGUUUGUUUAACAACAGGCGAGUCAGUCAAGACAGCCAUCCUUCUUGAAGUUGACAUCUCGGCUUACCCAUUGUUGAACUAUCAACCAGGGGAUUCGUUUGAUGUUUUCUGCCCAAAUAGAGCGUCUGAGGUCAAGCAAUUACUCGAAAGAGUGGGCCUAGAGGAUCAAAAGAAUCAUCACGUCCAAGUUUCUUUACUUAAAAACACAAAGAAAAAAGGUGCUCAGGUGCCCUCCUAUAUCCCUCAGAACAUUUCUUUAUUGUACCUGCUCACAUGGUGUCUGGAGAUAAGAAGUGUUCCAAAGAAGGCCUUCUUGCGAGCACUGGCUGAGCAUACAGCAGACAGCGUGCAGAGGAGGAGACUGCAGGAGCUUUGUAGCAAACAAGGCGCCGCUGACUACAACCAGUUUGUGAGAGAGUCAAGCCUCAGUGUUUUGGAGCUUCUCGCCACCUUCCCAUCCUCCCUGCCUCCCCUCAGCCUCUUAGUAGAGCAUCUCCCCAAGCUGCAGCCAAGGCCUUAUUCAGCUGCCAGCUCCUGCCUUCAGCACCCAGGCAAGCUGAAUUUUGUCCUAAGUGUUGUCGAGUUCCCGGUAUGCUCAGGUCGUCCUGUGGGGAGGCGAGGCUUGUGUACUGGUUGGCUCGUUGACCUCGUCAACCCUGCCCUGGUUCUCCCAGGGGAGGCUGAAUCGCUGUGUCGCAUGGCCCUACCGCAGAUCCAUGUGAGUUUGAGACCCAAUUGCUCUUUUCGACCUCCACCUGACACGUCAGUGCCUCUCGUAAUGGUCGGACCUGGCACGGGUGUCGCGCCCUUCAUUGGCUUCCUGCAGCAAAGAGAAAAGGAGAGGCAGCAGAAUCCUGAUGCAGUUUUCGGUGAGACCUGGUUGUUUUUUGGUUGUCGCUACAGAGACAGAGACUACCUGUUCAGAGAGGAGCUGCAGGGCUUUGUGUCUAGUGGUACCUUGCACCACCUCGAGGUGUGUUUCUCCAGAGAUGACCCAAAGGAGGAGGAGGCAGUUGUCUCAGUAGGAUCUCCCAGAUACGUCCAACACAACCUGCUGCUCCACAGCUACAAAAUCAUCAACAUCUUGCUCAAACAUAACGGUUGCCUCUAUGUUUGUGGGGAUGCAAAGAACAUGGCUAAAGACGUGAACGACACCCUGAUGGAGAUGAUCAAGACUGAGCUCCAGGUGGAUCAACUGGAGGCCAUGAAACGACUCGCUUGCCUGAGGGAGGAGAAACGCUACUUACAGGAUAUCUGGGGAUGACAGAGGAUUUUUCAAUUUUUCAAUUUUUUUUUUAAAUGAUCCAAAAUUCAACAUGCCCUGCUGUAUCCAUCUGAGCUAAGCUGAUGAUGACCUGAAUGGAAUGUUCACCGCAUUGCUUUGGAGUAGGUGUCCACUGUGCUGCCCUGAGGACAAGGCAUCUUGACCUCAUCUUAUGCUUUGCUUGUUGAGCAGCAGUGACCUUGGCGAGGCCAAUAAUGCUGCUCAUUGAGUCUUGUGGUGUGAAAAUGCUUUUAGGGUUGAAAAGCCCUCCAUGUUUUUCCUGCCAGGAAAAGCAUUUAAGUCAGCUUUGAUGGAGGGAUUCCAAUGAGACAGAAAGUGGGAUACGGAUCCUCCCGAGAUAAACAGUCAUUUACGAAUGACAAAUAUGAAAGGAUUGUGUAGGGUGUAGAAAUAGAUUUUUUUUUUUACUCUUGUGUUAUUGUUUUGUAUUUCGCAAAGCCCACUGCCAACUUAAUAUACCGCAUUUGCAAAUAACCUCUAAAGGCUGCACAACAAUAACUCCUCAUUAAAACACUGUAGUUAUGUUUGAUGCUGAUUUAUAUUGCGCCUUAUAUAUUUAAUUAUGAUGGAGUUAUCUAUGUUUAUCAAUUAAAAACAAAAUAUGAAUUGGGGAAAACAUAACCCUUUCAUGAUUACAGACACAAUGCAAGGCUUGGUUCUUUCUUUAUAUCCCGAUGCAGUGUAGAAGUUCCGAGUGAGCGUUCCGAGGGCACACAUAUCCAUCAUAAAGCUCAGCCCUGAGGUCUGAAAAUAAUUCACCCGACUUUGUUUGUUCGGGCCUACCCGCAUGCACAAUACCAGUUUAGACUGCUUCAAAUGCUGCCCAAAGCCCAGCUUCAAUCUCAAAACACAAACACAUACACCGUAUUGUGUAGUCGAGAAAUAAAAUAAUUUUAAAAAUAAUCGUCCAUUCUCUCCUCUUUUCCCGUUUGAUGAAAUUGAACGACACUGGUAUGCAACUUUUAUCAAGUUGUAUUUGAGAAGAAAUAGAGGGAAAUAUGUGAAAUUCUGAGUUGUUUAUUAAAAUGUAAAACUUGACAGCGUGAAAGUUCAAGGUGCCUUUGGUCCGAGGAUGAAAGUGUUUGCUAAUUGAAGUCUUUUUUUGUGGUGGUGUGCCACAGAGCACCAGAGAGAGGCUUCCUCAGAAUUAAAUCUUCUAACAGCGGUCGUUUUAUUUCUCGUUUUGAAGGGAGGAUGGGCGGGGGGCAUGUUUACAAUCUUCCACUGCCUGCACUGUUGAUGACACACCAUUUAAUUUGUUCUCAAGCCGGGUAAACAAAACUGUCACUGUUGCAGAAAAUCACCCCUGACUGUGACUAAUUGGUUUAAUAUAUUGUCAAAUGUGGCAAAAAGAAAACACUGCACAGCUGUUGAUCAUUGUCACUACUUUACCAUUACUCAUCGACUUAAUCAUCGUCAAAAUGUGACCACAACAAGUGUUCUCUCAAAACUGAGAGGCCAGCGCCCCUCCUGCUGCUUAUGUCACCCUGUCCUGCAACCACCAAGGACUCAGGCAUAUUUAAAGUUACGGCUUCAUAAUUAAAAAAGGUUCACGGUGUCAAUAUUGUCCUGCACGGCAUCAGUUUGGAAUAAAUCAUAGCUUGUUGGAGGUCAGUGCGACCGGAGAGCAGUAAGACCCAAGUGAUAGAUGCCCCUUGUUAAGAAUGGCUAAAUGAAGCAGAAAGAUGUGUGCUGUUGUUAAUGACUCUUAUUAUGAAAGUGUUGAAGUAGACGAGUGGAGAGGUGCACUUUAUUUGGCUGAAGAGCACAAGACCCGCUUGGCACUCUGUAGUCUCAUGGUGCACAAUGUACGACACGUAGCGAGGAAGUUAGGAAUUUAAUCAGCCUGGUGACAGAAUGCCCACCUCAUUUGGUUUUGCUCUGUGAGAGUGACUCUCGUGAAGCUUCAGCAGGAAAUGGGAAUAGGAAAAUUUCCAUCUAGAUAGCUACUACUGAAGCUAGCUCCCUAUCUAAAUUCUAUCUAAUGUAGGCCAAUGCCUGUACAAUCAUCAGGUUUGUAAAUCUGCUACAGUAUUAUGUUUAUGCAGUUAACAGAGCUGGUAACCGCAUUUCCGUGCAGUGUACUGUUAAUUGCUAUGACAACAAAAGGUAUUAUUUUGUUGUGAUUGAUGAUUCCCGUACUGACCAUACUGAGUUGUUUACAAAUAUUUUCAUUUUGCUAAAUAAAUAACCCAAAAUA